UUUUUAGUCAUCUCCAACCUGGAGAGUGCCUUUCUUUUAUUCAUAGCAACAUCAAGUUAAGCAGACGAUUAAAGUCCCUAGAUUAUUAAUUAGCAAAAUGCUAGCCAUUUCUUCCUCUCCUCCUAUGUCUUCUACAAAUAAUAAUAAUUUUGGUUGGCUUUUGGAGGAUCCAAUAAGCCAACAAAUAAAUUACAAUCCCAUAGAAACUUCAGAUAAUUCAGCUAUUGGCCUUCAUUCAUCAUCAUCAUCACAAAAAAGCCUUCAACAUUCUGAUUCAAAUAAAUUUGAUCAGAUUAUUAACGGUGGUGAUUAUCAUAAUCAACCUGAUCAGAUGGUUAAGAAGCUUAAUCACAAUGCUAGUGAACGUGAUCGAAGAAGAAAAAUCAAUAGCUUAUAUUCUUCUCUUCGUUCUUUGCUUCCUGCUUCGGAACAUACGAAAAAACGAAGUAUUCCAUCAACAAUAGCAAGAAUUGUCAAGUACAUACCAGAGAUACAAAGUGAAGUGGAAAGACUGAUUCAGAAGAAAGAAGAAAUUACAUCAAGAACUAUUUCCAGUAAAGAAAAUUCAGCUGAUUUUAACAAGCAAAAAAGAAGAAGAGGUGGAAUUGAGAGCUCUUCGUUGGUUAUUUCAGCAAGUCAAAUAGCUGAAAAAGAAAUAGUGUUUCAAAUAUCUACUUUGAAGAUCAAUAAAGGUUCAAUUGGUGAGGCUAUAUCAGAAUUAGAGGAUGAAGGACUUGUUCUAUUAAAUGCAUCUUCUUUUGAAACUUUUGAAGAUAGGGUCUUUCAUACCUUGCAUUUUCAGGUUGAAGGAACAAUGGUAGUUGAAGUCGACAUGUUAAGAGACAAGCUUUCAACAUAUUUCGAGAAGGAUGACAGAUUAUUAGUCUCGUAUUUAAGCAUUGAGAAUAGAGAUUUUGUGACGCCCAAUGGAAAGCGGGAAGAACUGAAAGUCUACAAAGUAUUAAUUAGCAAAAUGCUAGCCAUUUCUUCUUCAUCUUCUCCUUUGAUUUCUAAUUAUAACUAUGGCUGGCAAUUAGAGGAUCUAAUAAUGAGCCAACAACUAAACACUACUGCUUUAGAAACAUCAGAUUCAACAUCUCAAAAAAGUCUUCAACACUGUGAUUCCUCAAACAAAUUUGAUCAUCAGAUUAUUAUAGGUGAUGAUCAUUAUUAUCAACCUGAUCAGACGGUGAAGAAGCUUAAUCAUAAUGCAAGUGAGCGUGAUAGGAGAAGAAAAAUCAAUAGCUUAUACUCUUCUCUUCGUUCUUUGCUUCCUGCUUCUGACCAUACGAAAAAACUAAGCAUUCCAUCAACAGUAUCAAAAAUUCUGACGUACAUACCAGAGUUACAAAAUGAAGUGGAAAGACUGAUUCAGAAGAAAGAAGAUCUUACAUCAAAAACUAUCUCCAAUAAAAAAAAAUCAGCUGAUUCUGACAAGCAAGAAAGAAGAAGAGGUGGAAUUGAGAGCUCUUCAUUUGUUAUUUCAGCAAAUGAAUUAAGUGAUAAAGAAGUAGUGGUUCAAAUAUCUACAUUGAAUAUCAAUAAAGGUUCAUUUGCUCAGGCUAUAUCAGAAUUAGAGGAUGAAGGACAUGUUCUACUAAAUGCAUCUUCUUUUGAAACUUUCGAAGAUAGGGUCUUUUAUACCUUACACUUUCAGGUUGAAGGACCUAUGGUAGUUGGGGUUGACAUGUUAAGAGACAAGUUGUCAUCAUAUUUUGAUAAGGAAGAAAAGUCAUUAUGACAAUAAAUUUCUAGCUUUAUUUUAUUAGAAAGACGUUUGAUCAGGCUUUUCCUUUUUUCAUCUUUUCCCGUGAGACAAAGAGUCUUGCAUAAUGUAAAGUCAACCAAUUUACUAUAUUAAGCAGACGUGCUUAUGACAAUACUCCUUCAACAGAGAUUUGCUUGUUCCUUUUAGCAAAGCAAAAUGAUUUGAUUUAUCUUUAUUCUUUAAGUAACAAUUUUUUUAAAAUUUAUUGGAGUAUUAAUAUUAAAAUUUAAAUUUUUUAAAACACAGAUUAUAUAAGCAAUUUAGUAAAGUAAAUACUUAAUUAAUAAUUUAUUAAGUAAAAUGUAAAG